GCUGGGAGAGAAAGCCACUAGGAAAGUGUUACAGUCUUUUCACGAGAACAGAGAUGGGUAAAGUGACAAAAGAUGGAAACGUUAAGAGAGAAAAAAAAAAAUACAAAAAUCUCCACCACAUGGAUUGCGGUUGACUGGCUCAACUGCUGCUGUCGUUUUGGUAAGCGUGCCACGGAGCUCCCGGAUUGGUGAUUACGAAAUCGGAAUAGAAAAUGAGACGGAGGAAGAGUUGAUCGAGUCGUUGUUUUGCAUAUUGAUCGAGAUAAGAUUGAUCGAGAUAGUUUACGGCAGACAAAAAGAUCGAACAGAUCAGGUGUGCGAAUAGAGAGAUAACGGUAACGCAUUUAGUUCGCAGAACCACACCAACUGCAUAGGCAUAACGGACGACAUUUGUUCCUCACAAUGAAAAGGGCAUGAGCGCGCGAUGAUUCGACUACGUACUUUGUAAUAUGACUAGCAGGUGAUAAGAUCGGUUUUUUUUCUUCGAUUUGUUACAAAAACCGGUUUUGGUAUAAUUAGGAGAGAGCUAACCGGGGGUUCGAAUGAAAAUGAACCGGUUUCUCCAAGCCGACAAUUGAAGGUAAAGUGGGGACGAACAGUAACAAUUGUCAACUAAAGAAGCUAAUAUAUUCAGCGUGGGGUGAAAAGGACAGAAGAAAAAAAAAGAGCUUCAUAAUUCCACAAGAGAUGAAGUGUUUAUCAAUCUGAAGCCGUAAUCUCGACAGUGACUCCCAGGAAAAAAAAAUUGCUACGAAAAUGGAAGCUGGUGGCGAUGAUAGCAAUGAAUGAUUUUCAAUAAACAAAACCAAAUCCAUAGAAAAAAACAGAGUCCACUGAUUAUUUUUACUAGGUCUAGGUCAUUUUUUAAAGUCCAUUCACAUGGAUAGAUUAGUUCGUCACAUCCGAUUCGUAAUCCACAUAUGCUAUAAAAAAAGUGACGAAUUAAUAGUUCAUCAAUAGUUCAAAUUCUGUAAAAUAUGAGAAACACCAAAUCCCUCUGGAGCCCAAACCUCCAUUUCUCCUAUCGAGUUAUUGGGAGAAGGUUAUGUUGGAUCUUAUACAGGACGUCCGCCAUACCAUGUGCUUGAAAGACAACGGUCAAUAUUGGGGUUCGUGAGGACUUGAACACGUGACCUCAAGAACAAACCAGCUCUGAUACCAUGUCAUAAACCAGUUGGUCCCAAUUACUCGAAUUAUUGGGAGAAUAGUUAUGCUGAAUCAUAUACAGGCCCGUGUAUGGUGCUUAACCACUUCCUUACAAAUUCGUCAAUAGUUCAAAUUCGUCAUCAGUACACUAACUCUUUUCAAAUCAACACGUUAUUGUGACGGUCGGGUGAGAAUUAAUUACCGGAAAUGUGUGUUUUAUACUGUAAUUACAUGAGUUCGUUAUUUUUAUAAUCUAACCAUUAACGUGAGAGUGACACAUAUACCGAACAGUAAAAAAGGAAGAAAAUUAUUGCGGGAAAGUUAAAUUAUUGCGGGAAACGCUUAAACACGCUAUAAAUACCUUAUCACCCAGAAAAAGUACCUUCUUUCUUUUUCUCUCCCCCCACGAGGAAACUUCCGCGAAGCUGCCUCCGCCAUGGCUCUGCUCCUUCUUCCACCUCCCUUCCCACUCCAUUUAACCCCCAUCCCCCACUUCCCAUUCCUCUCAAACUUUCCUCCAAUCAGUACUUCUCUUCCCUUCUUCUUCUUCUUCUUCUUCUUCCUCCAAUUCUCUUCUCCCACGCCGCCAUGAAGGUCUUCAAGAUCAUCACCAACCCCAAAUCCCUAAGCCCCAAGCGCCUCUUCCGCGCCGCCUCCAGGAAGACCACCAAAUCCGCCGCCGUCUCCAGAUCCGACCCUUCCUCCUUCGCCGAAUCCACCACCACCACCUCCUCCUCCGAGCCGGCCGCCGCCGCCACCCCCAAGAGCGUCCUCCCCCACUCCUCCUCCUCCGGCGAGUGGUCCUCCGACGUUUCCGAGCUCACCUACCUCGACCUCCAGCACGCCUUCCGGAUAAUCGACCGCGACAACGACGGCGUCGUUUCCAAAUCGGAGCUCGCGUCGCUGUUGGGCCGGCUGGGCAGCUCCGACGAGGUUGCCGCGAUGCUGAGCGAAUUGGGCCGGGGCGACGACGGGACCGUGACCGUGGAGGCCCUGAUGGGCCAGAUCGGGUCGUCGGGAUGGGAGCCCGCGGGCCCGGACGAGCUGAAGGAGACGUUCGGGUUCUUCGAUCUGGAUCGGGACGGAAGGAUCACGGCGGAGGAGCUGCUGGCCGGGUUCUCGGCGAUCGGGGACGCCAAGUGCACGUUAGAGGAGUGCCGGCGCAUGAUAGCCGAGGUGGAUAAGAAUGGGGACGGGUUCGUCUGCUUGGAGGACUUUUGUAGAAUGAUGGACCUCCAGAGGUGAUCAUCGUGUGAAUUUCAAAAAUGAAAAAAAAAAAGAAAAUGAAAAUUACAUGUGAUGCACUGAUGAUGUCAUAUAUAAAUUACAUUUGUAGGACAAAUUAGUCGAACAAAAAAAAAAAAAUGCAGUUGCCUUGAAUUUUCCCCUUUCACUUGGUGAUACAUUUUGGUUGUUUUUAUUUCUUUUCUUUUGUGAUGCCAAUCCGUCUAGUGUAUUUAAACUCAUAAUAACAAUUUGUUCGAUCUCGUGGAUUUCUCAGGUAGAAAUAAUAUUCACUAACAAUUCAUAUGAAGAAUGAAUCUUAUAAGAGAUAAUUAAUAAACAAAUAGUUAGCCAAGGAAUUAAAUUAAUUACAUUGCAUAAAAUGUUGUUUGCUUGUUGUAAGAAAAUGCCUCCAAUUCAACAAAAUGAUAUAAUAAGACUAUAAUUAGGUAGGCCAUACUCUCUUCAUGUAUAUCUAACUAAGUAACUAACACCACCAAAGAUGAUUAGAUAACACAAAUGAUAGCUAGGUUGGAGUGUCAUUAAAGAUGAAUGAUUUCUUCUUCUUUCUUUGCCCAUUGUUUCAAAAUUUCAAUUAAUUUAGAAAUCUACACAAGGGCAAAACGGUGGGUAUUGGGCAAUUAUACUUAUUUUUUCUCAUAAUCAACAUCUUAUCUAUAGUUACUCACCACAUAAUGUAGAUAGAUGGUAUACAUUAUCUAAAGGUUUUUUACUCUCAUAUAUUUGUUAAUCCCUUAUAAAUUUCAUCCAAAUACAGUUACCAUUUUGGGCCAACAAUGUUUUAUCGUUCGUUUGAUAGCUCGUGCAGAUGCAUAGAGUAUAUCCUUUACCUUUCGCGAUUUUGGCACUAUAGGUUAAGCUCGAAAUGACGGAUGUAAUGUAAACACAAUUCGAGAGUUUCAGAAGCCAGUUUCACAGGGUUUAUAGAGAUUUAACGAGGUUUGUUUACUAAGAGAACUGGUUGCUGAUCUGAAUGAGAUACAAAGCAUAUGCACACCGAAACCGACUUAUGCUAGUUGUUCCUUGACCACCUAACAAAAAUUAUAUGAUUCGAUGAUUAGUUAGGACAUACAAACUUACUAAUUUACAUUGUGUAGAUCAAACUUAUCACCAAACCCUACUAAACCCAUAGUUUCAUCCACAUGCAUCCCCUUUGGUGGUUAGAAUGAGAUGAGAUUUUAGAACAUGUCUGGGAUAUUUCAAUCCCAACCACCAUGAUUAUCAACUUGUCAAGAGUCUAAACAUAUGUAUCUAUCUGGUAAUUAAUUGUGUGGAUUAUUUAAUAAGUAUGGUUUAAGAUU